AUGCGUACCGUGGUGCUCGUAGUGCCCGCAGAUGUGGUGGUGCUGCUUGCUGUUGGAGAAGAACGACUGGAUGUGGAAGACGAUGUCGUAGAUCUCGCGGAAGUGCUUGUAGGGGAAGAUGUGGCUGCGCUUGUGGUUCUGCUUGUCGUAGACGUGCUCACAGUAGAGGAGGAGCCUGCGGGAGUGCUCGUUGCUGUCGUGGACGUGGUGACUGAGCGAGUCGUGGUCGAGGUACCUGGGUCGAAUGAUGACGUAGUGCUCUUGGAUGUCGUAGUCAACGAGCUGGUCGCCGUUGUUGCAGUAGUCGCAGUCGUUGCAGUCGUUGCAGUCGUUGACGACGUGCCUGACCUAGACGACGUGCUUGCUGUACUAGAGGCGCUAGUGGACGAGGAAGUGGGAGCGCUUGUAGUCCUUGAAGUUGUUCCAGUCGUCGCCGUGGUUGCAGUUGUGGCAGUCGUGGCAGUGGUUGAUGAGGUGCCUGUUCUGGACGAGGUGCUUACUGUACCAGAGGUGCUCGUGGUAGAAGAAGUGGGAGCACUUGUACUUCUUGUUGAUGUCGUUCCAGUCGUCGCGGUAGUUGCAGUCGCGGCAGUGGUUGCGGUGGUUGAUGAGGUACCUGUUCUAGACGAAGUGCUCACUGUACCAGAGGUGCUCGUGGUAGAAGAGGUGGGAGCACUCGUAGUUCUGCUUGUUGUAGACGAGGCGCUUGUAGUAGAGCCCAUUCCAGUUGUCGUCUUGCUUGUCGUGGACGUGCUUACUGUGGAAGAGACACUCGUGGUGGCAGUCGUGGAGACGGUUGUACUCCUACUUGUCGUGGACGCAGUGCCAGUGCUUGUGGUCGCUAGGCUAGUGCUUGACGUGCUGCCUGAGGUAGUACUAGAUCGAGUGCUGGUCGUGCCCGAAGCAGUGCUCGAGGUAGCACCUGAUGUAGUGCUCGAUCGAGUGCUUGUAGUGGCUGAGGCAGUGCUUGUGGUAGCUGAUCGGGUGCUGGUGGUGCCUGAAGCAGUGCUCGAGGUGGUGCUAGAGGCAGUGCUUGAAGUGGUACCCGAUGGCGUGCUCGUGGUGCCAGAAGCGGUACUCGAAGUUGUACCCGAUCGCGUGCUCGAGGUAGUACCAGAGGCAGUGCUUGAAGUGGUGCCAGAGGUAGUGCUCGAGGUAGUACCCGAUGCAGUGGUCGACCGGGUGCUUGAGGUGGUCACCAGACUGGAGGUGGUCGAAGCUGUACCCGAGGCAGUAGUUGAUCUAGUGCUUGAUGUGGUCGCAGGGGUGCUGGUGCUUGAAGCGGUACCUGAGGCAGUGGUCGAUCGAGUGCUUGAUGUGGUCGCUGGGGUGCUGGUGCUUGAAGCGGUACCCGAGGCAGUGGCAGAGGUUGAUCGAGUGCUUGAGGUGGUCGCUGGAGUGCUAGUCGACACAGUACCCGAGGCAGAGGUCGACCUAGUGCUGGACGUGGUUGCUGGAGUGGUGGUCGAUGCAGUGCCCGAGGUAGUGCUUGACCUGACACUUGACGUGGAUGUGGUCGAUGUUGUACCACCCGCAGAUGUAGUCACAGUGUUUGAAGUUGUGGAGCGGGUAGAUGUAGUCUGUGUGGUGCCGCUCGCUGAGGUCGAUGUGGAUGUAGCUGUAGUCGACGAGCGAGUGGAUGUGGUAGCGCCACUUGUGGUUGACGAUGUUGUUGCUGAGGCACUAGUCGUAGUAGCUGAUCUGGUGGAAGAAGUGGAGAGUGUGCUGCUGCUAGUGCUCUUGGAAGUUGUUGUACUAGAUGGACUGGUGGUGGCUGAGCUUGUUGCGGUCGCACUCUUCGAUGUCGUUGAGCUAGACGUGCUUGGAGUCGAAGUGCUUCCCGUUGCAGUCGUGCUCUUUGACGUUGUCGAGGUGCUUGGAGUUGAAGUGCUUCCUGUUGCGGUUGUACUCUUGGAGGUCGUCGAAGUCGAGGUGCUCAGAGUCGAAGUGCUUCUCGUGGCGGUCGUGCUCUUUGAUGUCGUCGAGGUGCUGGCAGUCGAGGUGCUCAGCGUUGAGGUGCUCUUCAAGGUCGUCGUUGAGGCCGAAGACGUGCUUGGCGUUGAGGUGCUCGCACUCGUGGUACUCCUCGAGGUAGUACUUGUGCUUAGAGAAGGAGUGCUCGAGGAUGAGCGCGUUGUGGAGGAGGUCGCGGUGCCACUUGCAGAUGUGGUUGUCAAAGUGUUCGAAGUGGUGGAGCUCGUCAGUGAGCGACUUGAUGUUGUAGCUGUAGUCGCUGUAGUAGCGGUAGUGGCGGUCGUGGCUGAGCUGGUGCUUACUGUGGAAGCUGAGGAUGUCGAACGCGUUGUCGUCGUGCUUGUGGUACCGGUGCUCGCGGGUCCAGUGCUUGUCGUGGUUCCACUGCGAGAGCUGGUUGUGCCGGUGCUUGUCGUUGUGCCGCUGCGAGUGCUGGUGGUGCCAGUACCCGUUGUGCCAGUGCCGGUCGUGCUUGAGCUCUUACUUGUUGUGCUUGUGCUCAGAGAGCCGCUGGAUGUGGUCGUCGCGGUGCCACUUGCAGAUGUCGUUGUCCUAGUGUUCGAAGUUGUGGUCCCUGAGCCUGAGGUGGUAGACUUUGUAGUAGUACUUGUACUUGGCGAUGUGGUUGAGCCUGUGCCAGAUGGGCUAGUGCUCAAGGAGCGGCUUGAAGUAGUUGUUGCGGUCCCACUCGCGGACGUGGUGGUCAAGGUGUUCGAAGUUGUUGUUCCUGAAGCCGAGGUGGUCGACUUUGUGGUAGUACUUGUACUUGGCGACGUAGUUGAUGCGGUGCCGGAUGUGCUGGUACUUACAGAGCGGCUCGAUGUAGUCGUGGCAGUCCCGCUUGCAGAGGUGGUGGUUCCGGUGUUCGAGGUAGUGCUGCCUGUGGACGACGAAGAUGUGCUUGAGCGACUCGAAGUGCUGGUUGUAGCGGGCGUGCUCGAGGACGUCGUCGUGCUUGAGCGGCUUGAAGUGCUGGUUGUGGCUGGCGUGGUCGAGGACGUCGAUGUGGUUGAGCGAGCAGAAGUGGUUGUGGUGGCGCCUGUAGUCGACGACGAUGUGCUUGAGCGACUUGAGGUGCUGCUUGAAGUAGUUAGCGUGCUCGAGGAAGUCGUUGUGCUUUUGCUUGUAGUACUGGUAGUUGCUGGCGAGCUCGAGGAUGACGAUGUGCUUCUGCUGGUACUGCUGGUAGUUGCAGGUGUGGAUGAUGAAGUACUACUAGAAGACCUGCUGCUGGUCGAAGUUGUCGAUGCAGUUGUUCCAGAAGCUGUCGACGAGGUGGUUCCCGUACCUGUUGACGUGCUGGUCCUUGAGGUCGUAGUCGACGCAGUUGUUCCAGACGCUGUUGACGAGGUCGUUGCGGUGCCUGUCGAUGUGCUGCUCUUCGAAGUUGUUGUCGAUGCGGUUGUCCCGCUUGCUGUUGACGAGGUUGUUCCCGUACCCGUCGAAGUGCUGCUCUUCGAAGUAGUUGUUGAAGCGGUGGUUCCACUCGCUGUCGACGAAGUUGUUGCUGUCCCUGUUGACGUGUUAGUCUUUGAUGUCGAUGUUGACGAGGUUGUAGCAGUCCCUGUGGACGAGAUCGUCGCCGUUCCUGUUGACGUGCUGCUCUUGGAAGUCGUCGUCGUCGAUGCCGUUGUUCCACUCGCUGUUGACGAGGUUGAGCCUGUCGUGGUUGAACGCGAGCUGGUCGAGCCUGUAGAGGUCGAGCCUGUAGAGGUCGAGCCUGUAGAGGUCGAGCCUGUUGUGGUCGAGCCCGUCGAGGUUGAGCCUGUUGUGGUCGAACGCGAGGUUGUAGAAGCAGUGCCACUAGCAGACGUGGUUGUCUGA